UUUGAAAUUUAGAUAUGCAAUAGAUUUCCCCUGAAGUUGAGCAACAUCUUUCUGAGUUAUUAAAGCCUGUUCUUGAAAGAGUAGAAGAAUUAAAAAUAAGAGAUCAAUAAAAUGAAGAUUAAAUCAAUUCUCUAGUUUAAGAAUUGAGUCAACUAAAGUAAUUAGUGAGUUCCCUGAAGCCUUUAAAAUAAGAAGAAGAAAAAAGUAAUAAUGAUAUAAUUAAAUUAGAAUAAAUAAAACAUGAAUAAAAGAAAGACAAUAAUGGAAAUCAUGGUAAGCAAUAUUAUAAUUAAUUCAAUUUAAUUAGAAAAUAAAAAAUAAGAUCGCCCUACGACUGCUGUUGUACAAAAGAAUGAACAAAAUAAAGUAAAAGAGCCUAGACCUUAAACUGGUCAAAAAUCUUUAAGUUAAAGUGUCAUAGUAGAUAAGACAGUAACAAAUGAAGUUGAAAAAGGUAUAUUAAUGAUAUCUAAAAUAGUGCCUUUAAAAUCUCCUAGAGAUUCUACAUAAAAACACCCAAAACCUUAAGGAUAAACAUAAUAAUAAUAACCUCCAUAAAUUAAACAAAAACCUUAAAAAUAACCUGAUUAAAAAGAUACAAAAGAUUAAAAAGAACCUAAAUCAUAAGCAUAAGGUAAUAUUAAUUUAUAUUUCAACAGAAUAACCUUAAAAACAAGGAUAACCCUAAAAAGAUGAAAAAAAAGCAGACAAACCAAAAUAAAAUAAGUAAAAUCCUCCUGUUUAGCCAGAGAAAUCUGAAAAACCAAAAGAAGUUCCUAAAAAGGCAGACAAACCAUAAGAUUAGAAAAAUAAUGGUUAAUAAAAAAAUUAAACAAAAACAAAUGAUAAAAAAACAGAUUAAAAAUAAGAUGAUAAAAAGAUUGCUAAAAAAGGAAAAUAACCUGCUCCUUAAACUGGAGAUUAAUAACAAACUGAUGAAUAAUUCUAAUAGUAAUAAUAAGCUUAAGUUAAUUAAGAAUAACAAUCUCCUGAAAAAUAAUAAAAAGAAAGUCAUUCAGAAUAAAAUGAAUAAUAAUAGGAAAAUCAUUCAGAAAAUACAAAUUAAGAAUAAGAUGUUGAAAAACACUAGGAAGAAUAACAAUAAGAGGAAUAAAAUUAGUUUCAGAAUCAAGAUUAAAAAGAAGAUUAAUAAACAGAAAAUUAGGAUUAGGCUCAUGAAUAAAAUUAAUAGGAGUCAUAGGUCUAAUAAUAAGAAGUAGUUUGAGCU